UCAACAACUAGUUCUGUUCUUAACAAUUUUACCUUGUAUGUAUUUAUAACUCAUAAAAAAUGGCAACACCCAUGUUCUGUCUAUCCUACUUCAUCAUCUUCUUUAUCUUUUCCCAUAAACACUUCAUGAAAGUUUCUCUCUAAAAAAUCCAAAAAAACACAAUGAAUAUUCAUACUCUCAUUGUUCUCUCUUUCAUUUUUCUCUCAAUAUUCACUUUGGCAUAUGGGUUCGGAUCAAUGGGCCCGAUUUCCGGGGUUUUCGGGCAAAACGACUUUUUUUGUGCCAUUGAUGCAAGUGGAAAACAAGAAGUUAUUUGUUGGGGAAAGAAUGCUACUACAACAAGUUCCUCGGUUUUCGCUAUUGAUGUACCACCCAUGGCUGCACUUAGCGGUGGUUAUGGGUUCAUGUGUGGCAUUUUAGUUGAAACAUCUUAUGUUUCUUGUUGGAACUCAAUGGGAUAUAUUUCUGAUCUUGUUCCCCAGGUAUAUCAAACCACUUCUUAUUCGCAUAUUUCUUCAGGUAAAGAUCAUGUUUGUGGUAUUAGAGGAUCUUAUUAUUAUGAUAUCGAUUCGGGCUCAGUUGAUUGCUGGGAUAUUGUACAAACAUCAAGUAAUGAGUUCGGGUCAAAACAGAGUGCUCUGUUUUAUAAUCAAGAGAUUAGUACCACUUUGUUUAAUAAGAUUGUUUCUGGUGAUGGGUUUAGUUGUGGGAGUAUUAAAGAUGGUGGUAUUAAAUGUUGGGGCCCAAAUGCAUCAAAUUUGAAUAUUCCAAAUGUAGUAGAUCACUUUCUUGCUUUAGCAUCUGGAAAAAGCUCAAUAUGUGGAGUUUUGGAAUCAUCUGGUGAGAUCAAGUGUUGGGGUGAUUCCAAUUUGGUACAUUAUUCGAUUCUUGAUCCUCCCGUUGGAAGAUCAUUUGUUUCAUUAGCUACUGGUGCUCAACAUUUUUGUGGGAUUAGAAAAGAUGACCAUGGGAUUGAAUGUUGGGGGAAGGUUAAUACCUCUUCUAUUCCUAAAGAUUCGGGCUUUUUGUCGAUUGCAUCUUCUGAUUCGAUCAUGUGUGGGAUUAGAGAAGAUGAUUUGGUUCUUGAUUGUUGGUUUGCAAAUGCUUCUUUACCAUCCGAGUUUGAUCCACCACUGCAGUUAUGCAGCCCGGGCUUAUGUCGUCCUGGAUCUUGUGGUCCGGGUAAGUUUGCUUUCAAUGCUAGUCUCUUACAUGAACCUGAUUUGACUAACUUAUGUGUUAGAAAAGAUUUGAGUAUUUGUUCUCCAUGUGGGUUCAAUUGCUCAAAUGGGUUUUUCCCCUCGAGUUCUUGUACUGAAAAUGCUGACAGAGUAUGCACCGCAUGCUCCCUUUGUCAAAAUAGUUCAUGUUAUGAAGUCUGCAACCUGAAGUCUCACCCGCCACAUCAAGAUCACCGGCUGCAUCAAUUGCGUAAACUGAUGAUCAUAAUUGGUUCAUCGUUUAUUGGAUUUUUGUUAAUCUUAGUCUUUUUAUGUAUUUUACUACGGUUUUUUCCUACAAAAGGUAGACAAACAAAGCAGUUUGCAUCUUGCAUUGGUAAGCGUAAGCCGGGUGAGAAAGAAACAGAUGCACCUGAUGUCGUACCAUCUGUAGUCUCAGUUGCACCAUGUCCCGGUCUAGCUCAAGUUUUUAGGCUAUCUGAACUUAAAGAUGCGACUAAUGGGUUUAAGGAGUUUAACGAGCUGGGUCGGGGAAGCUAUGGAUUUGUUUACAAAGCUUUAUUGGCCGACGGGCGCCAGGUGGCAGUCAAACGGGCCAAUGCUGCUACAAUUAUCCACACAAACAGUAGAGAAUUCGAGAUGGAGCUUGAGAUUCUUUGUAGUGUUAGGCAUAGUAACGUGGUAAAUUUAUUAGGGUAUUGUGCAGAAAUGGGAGAAAGAUUACUUGUGUAUGAGCUCAUGACACAUGGCACACUCCAUGAUCAUCUCCACGGAGGAUUAUCACCACUAACCUGGCCUUUAAGGCUAAGAAUCGCGAUGCAGGCUGCAAAGGGUCUAGAGUUUCUUCACACGGAAUUCAGUCCACCUAUAGCACAUCGUGAUGUAAAGAGCUCCAAUAUAUUACUAGAUUCUGAUUGGGGUGCUCGAAUAUCUGAUUUUGGACUCUUAAGAAAUGAAGGUGAUGUGAUUCUCGACAUGAGAGACGAUGUUUACAACUUUGGUAUUGUUUUGCUAGAGAUACUUAGUGGCAGGAAAGCCAAUGAUCGAGAUUGCACACCUUCAAGUAUAGUCGAAUGGGCUGUGCCAUUGAUCAAACAAGGCAAAGCGGCUGCUAUUAUCGAUAGAUUUGUGAGUCUACCACGUGUCGUUGUACCGUUGCUCAAACUUGCAGACAUGGCAGAGGUUGCUAUUAGGGAAAAUCCAUGUGAAAGACCAGCAAUGACUGAAAUAGCAAUGUUCUUGGAGCAACUAGUGAAAGACGGUUUAAUUUUAUGAUUGAUGUAAAAGUUGGAAUUUUUUUUUUCUUCCUUUUUUGAGCAGAUUCUUGGUGAGUUACUUGCUGCUCUAUUGCAACUGUAUAUUGUUUGAGCUGUUGUUAAUUAUAAACCCUCACCAUCCUUACAUAUUUUAAUAAAGAUUGAUUUUGUAAA